AUUAAUUUAAUGAGAAAAGCAUAUCAAAAUUCUAAAUCUUUAAGAGAGGAAUGAUCGGAUAUAUGGAAUGAUGGUGAUUUGACAGUUAAUGAAGAGAAGUAUGAAGGCAAGGCUGCUCAAUUGCCUAAUUAUACACAGCAGUUUACCAAUACUUUGAAAGAUAACAAGGGGAAAGUUAAAUCAGAGGAUUUGAGCAAUUAUGUUAUGAUAAAAGAGUUCCACCAGCAAUUAUCAGUUAAAGAGAUAAAUAUUCAACCAUUAGAUGGAGAGUUAGAGCUAAAUCUUGAACAACAAGAAAGGGAAAAGGAGAACUUGAAGUCUUAUCUUACCAGAACAAAGGUUGAUAAGACGGCUUGAACAAGAAGAGAAAAUGUUAAUUUCUUAUCUAGCCUUAGACUAAUUCCUUCAAGUGAACUUCUCAAAUUAAUCUACUAAGUCUACGCAAAGUUCCAAAUAAAAUUUUGGAGGCAUUCUUGACCAAAAGUUUCCCACUAAAGCUGAUAACUUAAAUUAUUUUUAAUGUACUGAUC